CGGUGCCGCGGGGAGCGCGGUCCGCCCUGCGCAAGGCUCCGGGGUGUAGCAAUAGAUGGAUGUUUCCGCGGCUGAGGUGGCGGCUGUCACGCCCGUGGUCGCGGGUGUCACACCCGUGGCUGUGGGUGCAGCGCCCCGUCCUUCCCGAGGGACUGACAAACUGGUUUUGGCGGAUGGGGACUUGCAGAGGUUGGAAGUUUGGCAGGUGAUCGGAGCCCUCGUCCUUGCUGUUGGGAUUUAUGCAGAAAUUGAAAGACAGAAGUACAAAACUCUAGAAAGUGCCUUUCUAGCCCCAGCAAUUAUUUUAAUACUUUUGGGCAUUAUAAUGUUCCUGGUAUCCUUUGUGGGUGUACUGGCUUCUCUAAGAGACAAUUUAUGCCUUCUGCAAGCAUUCAUGUACGUCCUUGGUAUCUGCUUGCUGAUCGAGCUGACAGGCGGAGUGGUGGCCCUGAUCUUCAGGAACCAGACAAUCAAAUUUUUGAACGAUAACAUUAGAAGAGGAAUUGAGAAUUACUAUGAUGAUUUAGACUUCAAGAACAUCAUGGAUUCUGUUCAAAAGCAGUUUAAGUGCUGUGGUGGGGAAGAUUAUAGAGAUUGGUCCCAAAACGUGUACCACAACUGUGCAGCUCCAGGACCACUGGCCUGUGGGGUGCCCUACACUUGCUGCAUCAGAAAUAAGACAGACAUUAUCAACACUAUGUGCGGAUACAAAACCAUCGACCAAGAGCGCUUGAGUGUUCAGCAUGUUAUCUACGUCCGAGGGUGCACGAAUGCUGUGCUCAUUUGGUUUUUGGACAACUACAGCAUCAUGGCUGGCGUGCUGCUCGGCAUAUUGCUGCCCCAGUUCCUGGGAGUGCUGCUGUCCUUGCUGUACAUCACUCGGGUGGAGGACAUCAUCACAGAGCACAAGCUGAGCGAGAGCCUGUUCGAAGAUGUGCGGCACAGAUCUGCCCCCGAGUUAGCUGGAGCUGGCUGCUGCAUGUGUUACCCGGGGUGACUUGGGGAACCCAAAACGCAGCUAAACCCAGGCAAACCCACCAGCUUUGGUUCGUGCUGCCUGUUGCAGACUGUGGGGAGGUGAACCAGCCAGCAGCCGGCGGUGGGUGCGACCCAGGACACACCGGAAGGGCCCUGCGCUGCCGACGGGAUCGCGGCGCUGCCGGAGGGUGGGUCUGUGGAUCAUUAAAUCUCCUCUUGAGUGAUUGCUGAGUGAUAACACAGCCAGAAAAUCUGUUCUGGGAAGAUAUGAACGUCGAUUUCUAGGAAGUGUCUUUGCGUCUUGGGAUGUCGUAUUUAAGUGUUUGUCCUUUUCCAACUUUAUUUUCUUACUCCUUUGAAGAGAGAUUUCUUACCGAUCUACAUGGUGAAUAUUAAAUGUGUUUAAUAAUGGAGUUUUAUGCUAAUCAUGAUGAAUUUACUGACAAUAAUGGAUGUGAUGCUGAUCGCUUUCAUUGCUCAGUCCUCUGUGCCUUUUAAUAAUGGGGCAAAUGCCAAUGUCAAAUCGGUCAGGUAAUGCUUGAUAUAUUUUUUAAUGCAGUUUAUUACUGUCUGGCUUUUGUAUAAACUUACAGGAUAUUUGAGUCUUGGAUGUACUGUAUUUUUCCCCGUUAGUAAAUUAACUAGAUGAUUUAUGACCUUCUAUUUUUUUGGAGUUCUGUAUGUCAGAUGUUUCUAAAAUUUACUGUCAAAAUAAAAACAAUGAGUUGUUUUUCUUAAAAAAAAAAAAAAGCACAUAGGUUUUGUUUAAAAUGCUUUUUAUUCUUUUAGAUAAGUUAAGCCUGUCCCUCAAACACUAAAUCAAAAGGUAGAAAUAGCAGGAGCUGUGAUUCUGGCCUGGGUGCUGCCUGCCUGGGGUUUUGGAGAGUCACUGAACAUCUGUGCCUCCCUUGCUUCUCUAAGUCUACCAAGAGCUCUGGGGUUUUUGUUGGUGUUCUUUUGUCCUGAGCAUUUCUCUGCAGCCUCUCCAGCCCCAGCCAGGCCUGCAGGCAAAAUGCAAAACUUAAUUAUCAUAAUAUUUCAAUUAACCCAAAGC